UCGCCACCAUAUAAUUACCAUUCACCAGUGAUUCACCAUCUUGUAAAUCUUUACCUCACCGGCAUCUACUUCGUAGUCAGAAGAACAAAUAAUCAUGACUCUUCAAGCCGAGUUUGAUGAAGCUGCUGAAAAUGUUAAAAAAUUGAAAACUAUGCCUGGCAAUGAAGAUUUGCUAGAAUUAUACGCCUUGUUUAAACAAGGGACUGUUGGAGAUAACACCACAGAUCGCCCUGGAAUGUUAGAUUUUAAAGGUAAAGCUAAAUGGGAUGCUUGGACUACAAAAAAAGGGAUGUCUAAAGAAGAUGCCCAACAGAAGUAUAUUGAGAAAGCUAAAGGUCUCAUUGCUUCAAUUGGAUUGCAAUGAAUUUUUUGUCCAUAAGACUUAAAAAAUGUGGAAAAAUUAUUAAAUUUUUAUACUUUAAUUUGUUGAGAUAUUAGAAAAUAAAAUUUUUAUAUACUACACACAAAUAUAUUGUUGUUUGCCACAGCACAAAUUUUUAAGUGUGGUAAUUUUUUAUAUAUUUUUAUAUUUGAUUAAAUAAAAAAAGUUAUCUAAAUUAAUAAAUA